GGUUCAUUUUAUUUUCUAAUUAUGUGGGUUAUGAUUGCGAAUAUCAACAGCCUAUAAACACAUAAAUAAAAUAAAAAAAACACGUACAACACACAUCUUACAUAAAUCAAACGCGGGAUUUGGCAAGAACAGAGAACACCGAGUCGUUCUCAAAUCUGUGACACUAACGAUGCCUGCUGCUUAGAAAGUUGACAUUCUCUCAAUCAACAAGGAGGGGGAGGUGGACUCCGGUAAUGUGGGCGUUAACUAGUUGGACUAGUGGGUUUCAGUUUUACUUAGGUAGGCUAUCUUGCUCGAUUUUAUGCCAUACAAUGUCUUUGGCUGUGGCGAGCUGGAACAGAACCAUUCGACAUUUAUAAGAUAGUCUUCACUUGUGGCUAUUUCAUGUUGGCUAUUUUCAUACUGUAAAUCAGACUGUUUUUUAAUAUUGUCAUUUUUUCAUUCCAGCUGGAAUGCAGCUGUAAACUUCCGGAAUAAUAGAUAUUUGAACGGAGUCAUGUGAACGUUAUAUUUCAUUAAAUGCAGAUACGGACGAUUGUAGGCUACUCGUUGUAUGUUGAUGCACAAAUGUACUCGCCGUUAUGUUUUGCAUAGUGUACAAAGACAGUGUUUCUAAGAGAAAAAAACAUGGUCGUUCUUUAAAUCACUCAAAAGCAAAUCACGCACUAUAAAGUGUAUCGUAUUAGUUCAGUUUUCAAAGAACGCAAAAAUGGAGACGUCUACAUCCUCGGAAGCGGACUUGAAACUACUGGCUCUGUCAAAGGACACGCAAGAUGUCCAGCCUCCAGAUGUCCAAACCUUUCCAUUGCCUGAGAAAUGGAAAACCACAUUCAGUUCUGCUGAGAUAAGAAUUACUGAUGCAACGUCAGAUGCAUUAUAUCUAUUCCUUCAUUCAAAAUCCAAUGGAGACACCAAGGAGAUUACCCAGGAAGGAGCAACCAGCUCCAGUGUCACUGAAUUAAAACACAGUCAAACAUCCUCUGAGACACAAAUCCCUAAGGAAAUCAAGAACGACACAGCUACUGAAAAACAUUUCUGCCAAGUUGUGUACAACGGCUUGAAAAAUCAAGGAGCAACCUGCUACCUGAACUCAGCUUUGCAGGUCCUCUUUAUGACCAAAGAAUUCAGAGAGGUGGUAGAAAGGUUGCAGAUCACAUCAAAUGACAAUGAGGUCCAUUACCAACUACAACAACUAUUUGAAAAUCUAAAAGGUGAUCACAAAUGUGUAUCUACUGUCAAAAUAACCAAAAGUCUCUCAAUUAAAAAUGUUUUUGAACAGCAAGAUGCAGUGGAGUGGUUCGAGAAAAUCCUGAGUGUGGUGUCACCAGAUGCCUCUCAGGUGAGAACAGCAGACAAGAACAGCAGAUUCAAUGCAGCCAAAUUGUCCAAGGAGGUUCCCCAUAAACUACAACAAGGUCCCAAGAAGGUUCUCAAUAAACAACAACAAAGUUCCAAGAAGGUUCCCCCUAAACUACAGCCUUUAAUAAAGAAGCCAAACCACAACCGGCUCCCCUCUCUCACCCCUGGGACUGUGCUUGUCCUUCACACUCGGCGCCACCAGGGAAAGCGGGUGGUGUUUCUCAAAGACCUCCCCAGCGGCUUGCUUCUCUUCACCGGCCCUUUCGUCCUAAACAGAGUCCCUCUGAGCAGGGCGUCCCCAAAGUCUGUCACUGCCACGGCUACCAAGGUGGACGUAUCUGGGCUGAGGAUCCCAGAGACACUAACUGACACGUCUUUCAAGAGGAGGAGACAGAGGAAGCCUGAGAGCGAAGGAGAGGAGGGCCUGGAAAUGGGGGUAAAGAGGCUCCGCAUAGCAGAGCAGUGGAAGAGGGACCAGAGGGCCGUGGACUCCCAGGUCCUUAACUGUAUUAGGAAGGUUCCUUGGGUGAGGAGGUUCCUGAGCUCUGAACCGUACCAACGUGGUCUGUUGAAGAGUUGGAUCAACUGGAUGAUAUCACUUUCCCUCCUGGUGAUGUUUCAUCGUGAUGCAGUCAACAUGGAUCUUCUUGUCUUCGAUUCUAUGAUGUGAGGCUUCUCUCUUUAGUUCUCCUCCAAUAGCCUGUAAUGCACAGAAAAGGAGACGCGACACGUUUCUAAUGGCUCAAGUAGAAGUGAAACUCAAGAUUUCGGUUGUAAUUGGUUUGAACAUGCACAUGGGAUUAAUGCUAUAACAGAUUUAAAGACAAAUCCAUUAUUUUCCCUGUUUUGAUGCUGCCAGGAGAAGUCUGAGACAAUUUCCUUGACAAAAAGUUGUUUAUACACUCUGUCGGUUAUCAUUAUGAAGAUAUUAGGGUGCUAGUAUAGGUUCUGUGAAUGUUUAGAACUAUAUGGUUCAUUUAGGUAGCAAGAUUUGUAAAGUUGAAAAUGUUUCCUAUUUAACACAUAGGUUUAGGCCUAAGAAUACACAGUUAUUUAAUAAAAAGCAGAGAAAAGUUCAUUGUGCAAAAUUUCUGAAAUGUAUUGUAUCUGUGUCUUAAACAAUAAACGCUUCUUAAACAACUCCUUUUCAGUCUGAUAGAAUCACAAAAACGUUUUCGUCCAGCUCACUUUAAAAGUUUGAAUAAAUCUUUUUAUGAAAACAAACAUCUUACACCCUCGUGUAUUUCUUGUUUUUUUUUAUAUAGGAAAGUGGUGAUGGAUAGUAGUAGUAGUAAGCUAAUGUUUACGGUAAGGCUCCUUGACAGUUACGCACGAUUGUAAUGACCAUGGGAGUAAAAAGUGUGAGCUUCUGCAAGCUUUGGUAGGAUGUUACCACCGUGGGUUCAAAUGUAGUCGUAUUUAGGUACUAGUGAUAGCUAAUCAAUAUACAUUAAUAUUAUAUUUCAAGUAUAUAU